AUGGCCUUAAUAGAGUUCUCACUUCAGUAUGUUCCUCAGAAAUCGGUCAAAGGCCAAGCCUUAACUGACUUCCUUGCAGUGUAUCCUCCACUGGAGUUAGGGGAGCCAGGUGUAAGUGAGGGAGUGAACACCAUCGCACAGUCGCCCUGGAAACUAUUCUUUGAAGGCUCCAGGACUAGUGCCUCAACAGGGGCAGGGAUAGUGCUGUUAUCCCCCACCAACAUUGAGAUCCACCUCACCUUUCAGCUUUGUUUUCCAUGCACAAAUAAUCAGGCCGAGUAUGAAGCCUUGAUAAUCAGCCUCAAGAUGCUCAGUGCAAUGAGAGUCUGGAAUGUUGAAAUCAUUAGCAAUUCACAGUUAGUCAUUAGGCAUUUGGCCAAAGAAUACCGUUGUGAAAGCCAGACUUUGCUUCCAUACUUUUCUUUGGCUCAACAGUGUUUGAGCAAGUUUGAUGACACCUCGGUCAAGCAUAUUCCACGAGCAGAGAAUAGUGUGGCAAACGGCCUGGCCCAAGCUGCUUCAAGCAUUUUGUUUUCAAAAGGCGAGGUGGAAAAAGUUUUCAUCAUCCAAAGAAAGACUUUCUCGUCCGUACUAGAGGAUGAAGUUUUUGAGAUAGGGUAUUUGGAUGAGGUUCAGCCAGAUUGGAGGUCUCCGAUCAUUCACUUUCUCCAGAACCCUGAUGCUAAAGUCGACUGGAAGACAAGGUAUCGUGCAUUGAAUUAUCUGCUACUAGGAGAAGAAUUGUUUAAACGAGGCCAGGACGAUCUCCUUCUCAAAUGCCUAGGUCUGAAUGAGUCUUUGCUUGUUAUGGCCAAAGCACACGAGGGGAUUUGUGGCGCCCACCAGGCUAGAAUUAAGAUGAGAUGGCUGCUUAGGCGCCAUGGUUAUUAUUGGCCAACCAUUCUGCAGGAUUGCAUCAGGUAUGCGAAGGGGUGCCAAGCUUGUCAAAGGCAUGCGCCCAUGCAAGGAGUGCCUGUGACACAACUCCAUCCCAUCGUUAAGCCUUGGCCAUUGAGAGGAUGGGCUCUUGACUUGAUUGGAAAGGUUACUCCCCCAUUGGUUCAGGGGCACACGUUCGUUAUUGUGGCAACUAACUACUUUAUCAAAUGGGUGGAAGUUGUGCCAAUAAAGUCAGUCAGCCAGGCUGACGUGAUAAGGUUUGUGAAGCGUGAUUGUUACUUGGCCGGUCUAGAUGUACAGUCGGCGGAUUAUGAUGGUAUUGGGAUAGAGGAACUUGAGUAUGUGUCGGAGGAACAUGACGAUGGUUGCCUUUGCGAUGCCUGUGCUUAUGGGCACUGA